AUGGAUUGGCCCAGCGAUAAUGCUUGUCUCAGCCGCAAUGGUGUAAUGCUGCGACGCAUUUUCAAGUACAGUUCGCGUCCUUCGAGGGUGGUCAGAAUUGUCAAGAAGAAUCAGUAUCGAGCCGAGGUAUGGUCCUUGAAAUCAGAGGAGGACUGGGAUGCAUGGUUGAACAAGUACAGCGAUCAGUCUGAUCGAGGACUUAUCUUGAUGUAA